GUGGCGAAACCGGAAGCGAACGUUGUUUACGUUCCUCCCCUGUCUGGAGCGUUCAGAAGAGAGGAUGGUGUGCGACAAUUGCGAGAAGAAGCUGGGCACAGUCAUCACCCCAGAUACAUGGAAGGCAGGGGCCAGGAAUACCACAGAAAGCGGAGGCCGAAAACUGAAUGAAAACAAAGCCUUGACAUCAAGGAAAGCGAGGUUUGACCCAUAUGGAAAAAAUCGAUUUGCAAUAUGUCGUAUCUGCAAAAGUUCUGUUCAUCAGCCAGGAUCUCACUAUUGCCAAGGAUGUGCUUAUAAGAAGGGGAUCUGUGCAAUGUGCGGAAAGAAAGUCCUGGAUACCAAGAAUUACAAGCAAACCUCUGUAUAAAACGCUGUGAGGACUGUCUCUCUGUGUCCAGACUGAGCGGACAGAGGGUGUACUUGUGUAAUCUUUAUGUAAAUAGGUCAUGUCAUUCUUUUAUUUUAUUAAAGGGGUGUUUCCAUUUGGGACAUUGAUGGCACAUUGCUAGGUUAUGCCAUGAAUAUCAGAUAGGCGCAGGUCCCACCUACGGGAUCAGUUCCAUUUCACCAGAAUGAGGCGCAUGCGCCGCCAUCCUCUAUUCACUGCUAUGGGAGUCCCGAAAAUAACCGAGUGCUGGCUCGGCUAUCAGCAGCAGUCCCAUAGUGGUAAACAGAGAGGUGGCCACACUUGGGCGGCUUGCUCCCCAUUCACCACUAUGGGACUGUAGAAAAUAACUGAGCUCGCUCACGCGGUUACCUUCAGAAGUGCAAUAGACGUGAAUGGAGAGCAGGCGGCACAUGUACAUUGUGCUCUCUUAUUACUUUGGGGACAUCAUUCUGGAGAUAGGUGUAGGUCUCACCUAUGGGAUUCGCUCCUAUCUGAUAUCACAGUGAUAUGUCAUCAGUUUCCUAGAUGGGAGUAUAUCCCUUUUAAGAUGUUUAUCUGAGAUUUUAUCCGUGAAAACCUGGGGGAUGAAUUCUCAGUUUAUCAUUUGGUGAGAGUUUAACCCUAUAUACAUUUUUUUAUUUUAUUUUUGCUAUAACUUUAUUACUUUUACUUUGUGAGGCUCCGUUUACCAUCAGGGAUUCAGCACUAUAACAUGAAUCCGAUGGACGCCAUUAUCCAUCAUGUAUAGCAUUCAAUUUAUGUCUAUAAUGAAUGAGUGACGCAGAUGUUAACAAAGCCUCAGUUGUGAACAUGAAAUGAUAUUGUAUUUUAUUCUAUCCUGUGCAGGGCCAGGCUCUGUUCACACUGGUGUCUUAGCUUCCAUUUCUGAAGAAAGCCCUAUGGAUCCCAUUGACCUAUAAUGGGAUCCUCAGGCGUUGUUUCUUAAUGGGCCGAAUAUUGUGGCAAAGAAGAAAUCUGACAAAGCCUAAAGAGCAGUGUGAACAGAGCCUAAUACACGCUGGAUAACGUUGGCUGAUCUACACCGUAUAAACAUUCUCUACGGUCCCUGGUUAAGAGUUUUGUAAAUUAAA